AUGAAUGAGAGGAUGUUUCAAGAAAUUUAUUGGAAAUCAUUGGUGGGAUUUUCAACUAGCAUUUUUCAUGUGUUAUUAUUUCCAGGUUGUGAGAAACCAAAUAACCAUUCUUUUUUAUUUAUUGAAAAGAAAUUUGCUAAAUACAGACUGUAUACAUUUACUGAAUGUGUAUUUUUUCAGGGCUAUGUGAAACGCCAAGCGCUCUAUGCAUGUAUAACAUGUUGUCCAGUGGAUAGUGGACGUCUAGCAGGUGUUUGUCUUGCUUGCAGCUAUCACUGUCAUGGAGAUCAUGAACUCAUUGAACUGUAUACUAAGCGGCAUUUUCGAUGUGAUUGUGGUAAUUCCAAGUUUCCCAACAACGUUUGUAAACUGUUGAAGGAAAAAUUGCCAGAAAACCCAGAAAAUGAAUAUAAUCAAAACUUCAGAGGAGCUUACUGUACCUGCCAUCGGCCGUAUCCAGAUCCUGAAGAUACAUUGGAUGAUGAAAUGAUUCAGUGUUGCAUCUGUGAAGACUGGUACCAUGGAAGGCAUUCGGGUACGCAGGUUCCUCCAGGUGAUGAUUAUGCCGAGAUGAUUUGUAAUCAGUGCCUUAAUAAGCACAAGUUCCUUGCAUCUUAUAUGGGAUUAGCUGUAACGGCUGUCAAAUCUGAAGAAACAAAGGAUGCAGUUGACAUAGAAGCACCCCAGAAAACUCUCAGGUAUUGGAAGAGAAUGGGAAAAAGAUGUGUUAGAAAAAGAAUUGAAAAAGAAGAUUCCAAAGAUGACCCCAAAAUAGAAAAAGAUUUGAAAAAAGAAGACUCCAAAGAUAACCCCAAAAUAGAUGUAUCAGGCUGUAAGUUAUUAAGUAUCCCCAAGCAGAACAUUCCAGGAGCUGUAUUCCUACCCGAACACUGGCGAAAGCAACUAUGUACCUGUGAUGACUGUAAAAUUAAGUACAAGAAUGAGGGUAUUAUGUACCUGUUGGAUGAGGAAGAUACUGUUGCAUUCUACGAAGAAAGUGGCAAGACUAGAGACCGGAGUCACACUGCACCUGUCCAGAGAGAACUAGAGGCUUUGUCAUCCUUAGACCGUGUCACUCGUACAGAAAUGGUUCAUGAGUACAACACCUUGAGUUCUUCGUUAAGAGAGUACUUAAGGAAGUUUGCUGAAAACAAAAAAGUAGUUCGUGAUGAAGACAUCAAAGAGUUCUUUUCUCAGCUUGCGGCCAAUAAAAAGCAACGUCCAGGCCCUCGUGUGCAGCAAUUUUGCAAGUGAAAACUGUUAGCUGGAAUUAUUAGGGAAAAUAUUUGUGUUCAGUGGCUAUUUAAAUUUGCUUUAGUUUUUAAAAAUUAAUUUUAUCUCUGAAAUUCAAGACUUAUGUUGUUGAAUGUAUUUUAUAUUUUUUUGAGAGAAUAAAGUUUCUUUGCAUUUAUAA